UUUAUUUAGUGAAAGAAACCAUAACAUCGAAUCGUUUAAUUAAAAUGUUGCGGAGAGAUAUUAUAUUGCAUGUACGGAUAAAAACAGUUUUCGUUCUUUUUUCACUUUUCGAAAAUAUUGUUUACUGCAAUGAUUGCUGGAAAAGUUACGAUGUCGAGGAACACUUCGAUGUUAUGGAUAAAUUAGAUGAACAAUAUGCUGAAGUCAAAAAUAAUUACAACGCUAUGGCAAGAGACAAUAAUUUUGAUAAAGAUAUGCUUCUUAAGUUGGUGAAAAAUCGAGGUAAAGCCGAGCGAGCUAUUCACGCGGCGCAAGGUGACGAAAACCUCAUACCGGCUGGCAUCAACCUCGGUGGAUAUUGUAUGAUGAAGCUGCCUAAAUCUCUCCUCUUCUUUCACCGCAUGAAGCUACGCAACAAUACUACGUUCCGUAUAACAAGUCUGAACAGCGACCUGGGUGAGCUGAAGAUGAAAGCCCACAUCACGCUGAACGACCUACAUCUCUUCGGCUCCUAUGACUUCACCAAUAUCUUGAAUAAACCUGGUAUCCUUUCCUAUGACCCCACGUUCGGGCAAGUUGAACUUUUAUUAAAAAACGUGAGAUACAAGAUGGAGGGGCGGUACCGUCUUUUGAAGAACAGAUUAUACGUCGAGCUGAUUAUUUCCGAGAUCGAUUUGGACGAAGUACGGAUGAUGUUUCCUAACAAAGCCUCUUCACAUUCAGUAUCACUGGAACGUAAAAACAUUGAUGUAUUCAUGGACAGAUUGAAAGUGGACUUGGACAAAUGGUUGAAGGAUUAUUUCAACGACUAUCUGAUGUACUACGUCGCUGCUGAAGAUGCUGAGUUCGAAAAGUAUAAUCAGAAAAAAACAAUGGCGCUCAAUCAGUAUGCAGACAAAGCGAUAAACAAAGUGAUCGAAAGACUGGGCGAAAUAAACGCUAAUGCCGUCUACCUACCUACCUUCGAAAUACAUAGUAUGAGUGUUGCGGAAGUAUCGCUAAAAGAUGGAGUGUUGCGUGGUCUAGACAGUAUUUACAGACGCUCCGUCACUACCGGCACGAAAAAUAAUAACGUGCGCACUGUUGAUACGGUUGUCAGCUUCAGCAGUUUGAAACUAAGCUAUAGAUACGAGGCAGUGCUUAAAUCGGGGCUGCCGCCAGUGACUGGUGUGUUGACCCUGACAGCGGAUGAGCUGACUGCACACAUGGCGCUCUCCUUGACCAAACAUCCAGAAGCAGUUGAUCUAAGUUUCACCUUUUUGGAGCAGGCAAAACCGGAGACUCUAACUAUGGAAGGACCAGCGAGCAGGAUGAUAUCGAACUUUAAAUACAUGCUGGAGCAUCAUAUCAUUGCUAUUAUGUCCAACACCUUGAUGCACAACAUACAAAUGCUCGGGACAUUGGAUCGAUGCAUCCCACUACUUGCCCCAUAUAUGGAAGCAGAAGUAAAUGCCAGCCAUUCCAAUGAAGACAAAAAAAGUUUACCUGCACCAAAUAAACGUACUGAAACAGAAACUACAAAUAUAGACGAUAUUAUAGUUACUACAGGUAAAAAUUUAACAGAAGAUUUUGAUGAAAAUGAUAAACAAAAUAUAUUGUAUCAAGAACCACAAGAAGACUAUAAAAAACAUUACAAUAAUUGGGACAAUAGUGCACUGCGUAGCAACGAAGAACUUUCGAAGGAACAAAACGGAAAUGAUAAGAACCUAAAUGAUUAUAAUAAUACAGACAUUAAGCCCUACAUCCCAAACAUUAUACUACCUGGACUUCUAGGAAAUUGGACGGAUGAAGAUAAAAAGAAAUUCAUUGAAAGGAAGCCCUCGUACAAACGUUCUGUUUCAAGAAAACUAGAAAAGAAACAGAGCAAACGUUUAACUACAUAAUUAAA